GCACUAUACAUAGCUGCCUUCGCUCAGGGCAAAAGGCUUCAGCGCAUGGAGUGCUUUUCCUUUCCAAAAAUGCCUAUGGUUUAAUUAAACUUCUAAUAUAAACGAAUUGGCGGGAGAGACCACCGUUUCAGCUUGUUGAAUGCUCGCAAGUCCAAAUUUGUUCUCCUUUCUGCCAGGUGAAGAUGGGUGUGCUGGCUGUAUUAUUUCUCCCAUUGCUUGUAGUUGUAAUCAGUGGAAUUGUAUAUAUUUAUCGAACGGUUAUUCAGAUGGUGUCAAAAUCUGCUGUGCGAAGCAAAGUUGUAGUGAUCACUGAUGCUCUCUCCGGCGUGGGCAAGGAAUGCUCACGAGUAUUUCACACAGGUGGAGCGAGGCUAGUUCUAUGUGGUAAACACUUGGACAAGUUAGAAGCUCUCUAUGAUACUUUAAGCAGUGUGGCUGAUCCGAGAGCAACUUUUACACCGAAGCUUGUCCUUCUAGAUCUCUCUGAUGUAAAUUGCGUUCAGGAUGUAGCUAAAGAAAUAUUGGAUUGCUAUGGAUGUGUGGAUAUACUCAUCAACAAUGCUAGCACAACAGUGAAGGGGACAGUGCAGAAUAUCUCACUGGAAAUUGAUAAAAAGAUUAUGGAUGCCAACUAUUUUGGGCCUAUAACACUCACCAAAGCUCUUCUUCCCAACAUGAUCUCCAGGAGAACUGGACAAGUUGUGCUAGUCAAUAAUAUCCAAGGGAAAUUAGGAGUCCCUUUUCGUGCAGCUUAUGCUGCAUCAAAGCACGCUGCACUGGGUUUUUUUGACAGCCUGAGAGCAGAACUGCAGGAAUUUGGGGUUUGUGUCAGUACUGUGACUCCAAGCUUCAUCCACUCCUACCAUGUUCAGCCAAAGCCUAGCAACAGGGAAAGCUCCAUGUGGAAAUGCUUGUUCAGAAAACUGGCUUAUGGUAUCCACCCAGUAGAGGUAGCUGAAGAAAUCCUGCGAACAGUAAAUAGGAAGAAACAGGAGGUGUUCAUGGCAAAUCCCAUUGCAAAAGCAGCUGUCUAUAUUCGCACGUUCUUUCCAGAAUUGUUUUUUGCUGUUGUUGCUGCUGGAGUAAAAGAAAAGCAGAAAAUUGAAGAUGACAAAUGAUUAUGUCCAGCUCGUCUCCCUUGGCAGUAGGGUUGCCAAAAGCCCUAUAUUUUAUGGACUGAUCUAUUUGGGACCUAGAGGCAGAAAUAUUAGGGGAAGACCAUGCAACUCCAAAGGAAAUGAUGAAAUGUUCCUCGUUUGAGGAUUUGGAGGCAGUGGAGUUGGGAACUGCAAUCUGUUCAGCUAUCAUUAAAUGUACACACCACCAGGGCUCUGAAACUUCAAACCCUAGGGUGCCUUGUUGAACUGUCAGUUAUGUCUGUGGUGCUGCUUGGUCUCCUGGGAAUUGAGGUGACAGGAAAGGUAAUAGAAGGCAUAUACUGUCUGGAGAAGCUAUGCCCUGUUUUCUGGUUCUAGUACUCCGGACAGUUGUGAAGGUAUGUAGAUCCUAAAUAGGUACAGACAGAGAAGAUGAAGAGGUUUGGGCACCAGGGGAAAUGUGAGAAACAGAGAAACAGUUGGAGACUGGGGAGGAGUUGGAAUAUGUGGAAUAAGUGUAUGGUACUAAUAUGUCAACAGGGUGUGGGGCUUUUAGAAAACAGGGUUGAUUUGAUGGAAAGGAAAUUCUCAGGGGAAGAAGAAGAGAGGUUCUUUGGCGAUAGUUGCUAUUUCUGUUUUGGUACAAGUUUAUUUACCCUCCAAGUUCAAAACCUCAAGAUUAGCAUAUUUUUUAGAAUCUCUAGUAGGGCUUGAUUGGUGGUUUGUUUGUUUUUUAAAUAGCUUUUUAGCUAUAAAAUAAUUAAGCAAGCAUCUGGAAAAAAAUAUUCUAGAAAUCUGCAAGUAACACAUAUUUCCAGAUUUUAGACCAAUCUCUUGAUUUUGGAAGUUGAAGGGCCAUUUGAUUAUCUGAUUACUGCAGUAGCAGAUAUUUUACUUGGUAGGGCAAUGUGAGGGAGUAUAGAGAUUAGGGGCAGAAUGGGAGACUGAAGACUGCUACAUCUGGAGUUAUCCAAUCAAAAUCUACAGUGGGCAUGUCACAGUUGAAAGGUAUCAAUCAAUCAAUCAAUCAAUCAAUCAAUCAUCUUCAUUAUGGUCGAAGAACAGCAUAAGAUAGAACAGUAGAACAUGAUUCAAGAACAAAUUAUGGAACAGUAAAAACAUAUCUCUUUAAAAUUACUACUCUAAUAUUAUGAAGUUAUAUUAUAAUGCUAUAAAGCUGCUACCCUUAGAAAAGAGGGUAGCUAUAAGAUUAUUAAGCAGCUGUAUUAAAAAAUAAAAAUUUCUAAGCAAUUUGAUACUAUGAUAAUACUGUAAAACUUUUACACUUUAAAACAGAGAGAAAACAUAAAAGCAAGACUGUAAAAUCAAUAAGAUUAUAGCCAUAAUUGUAAGCAUCUAUAUGUAAAAGGAUAAAAAACCUAGAAUAUAUAAAAUAUGUGUAAGGUAAAAUAAAGAAGUGGAGAGAAAUGUAAAAUAAAGUGGAUAAAAAUGAUAUGUAGAGUAGGUUAGCUAAGUGGGAGGACUGAGUGGGAAAGUAAAACAGUCAGUAGUUAAAAUGAAUACAAGACUGGUUAUGGACUAGCAGUCAAUUCAAUGCAGUGUGGCCAGAACUUAAGGUGUAUACUCGUGAGUCAAAUGGGCCGUAACCUAAAUUUGGCUUUAAAAAAGCCAAAUCUGGCAACAGAGCGUGCAGAACCUCGCUGUGUUAUACAUGAAGGCCUGGUCCUCAUCCAAUAGCAACAUCUAGAUGUAGACUUGGCUUGGGCGACCAGGGUACUUGAGGAGUAGUGGAAGUAUAAGCUUGGCACAACUGAAAGAUAAAGUGAUGCCCCAUUUUAAGGGAGUGUGAUAUACUUUAAAAUUUGGAGCCUCUGUUAACCCUGUGGGUGAACCACAGCAUGGUAAAUCAUUAAAGAGGCCAAUGAAAGACAAGCAAUAAGAGGAUAUUGAUCAAGAGCAUGAUUGCACUAAUGCUUCUUCUUGAGUUAGAUGUGCAUUGGUGUCAGGAUCCACCUGGACUACAACCCAGAGGAAAUCCUCUCUGAGGAAGAGCACACCCUGAAAUCCCCCAGCCCCAAUCUUUAAAUCUGUCAGACUCUGCACAGCUAGAGAUUGUCACCUCUCCUUCAGUUAGCUCCUCAGUAGAGCCCUGGGGACCGGUACCCUCCAAGAGGGCUCAUCUCCUAUCCCUAGAAAUCUCUGGUACUUCAGAGGUGGCAUGAUUGCUUGGCAGUUUAGGGUCCACUUCCCAAAGGGCCUACUCAGGAGAAGGAGGACGAGGCCAAUUCAGGCAACUGCUUUGGACUGGGGCUGUUCCGAAAUCCAGGAAGGGGUGAGGCUCCUAGCAACUAGGAACCUCCAUUUGGAGCUAGCCUUUGCUGGGUUAACAGCUAGUUCACGGAGUUGCAGCUUUGCUGGACCCUGGCAUGGACAAUCUGUUGCACCCCCUACAGUUCACAGUGUGCUGUUCUCUCCUGGUCCUGGUCCUGGCUCUGCCUGCACACCAGGAGGAAGUGUCUGCCAUGCCAGUUCAUAGUUGCAAUUUCUGUUCAUGGUAUAGGGAGAGAGGAAGGGAUUUUACCCUCACUGCAUCUGCUGUGCUUGUAGCAGGAGUGUGGGGGAACCUUGAAUUGUUAGUGAUGCAGAAGUGCAUUGCAUACUCUGUGAAGGCAACUGGAGUGAGUGCAGUCUUUUGACAACAUUGUAAGGAUACUUGAGCUAUUUGGGUAGGAGAGGGUAAACCCAGGUAGCUCUGGUCAUCUGCUGCAGUGGGAGCCCUUCCUACCCAGAAUCUUAGGCCCUGAGUAGCCCAGAUCUGCUACCCAGGUUAGAGGUGAGGGUGGACAUAAGCAGAAUCCAUGCUACCUCUUCUUUUGGUCAUCUGGGCUCCUGCACCAUUUUAAACCUGCCAGCGGCCAUGUUUUUCAUAGAGUCCUGUGCUAGAAAGGCCAGGCAGAGUGGAGCUGCUGUUGUUGAGGGCUGCCUCUUUGCAGCUUCUGUGGUGCAUUCUGGGAUAUUGGAGGACCCAGCCCGGGUUUGUUUAUAUUCCCGGGGGGUGCAGCAGGUGGUGGCAGCCUGAAUGUGUGGAGGUUGGGCAGGUAAGCCCAACUGGGAGUUUCGGACAUCUGGGAGGCACGGGAUGGGAAUGUGCCUCCCUUCCAGCCCACCCCUAUUUGAUCAUGUGCAUGAGCUCUGUGUGUAGGUGUGUGAGGAGAGGAGACUGAACGGAAAGAUGGCUGCUGUUAGGUUUGUUAUUUGCUGCUGAGAUUUCAGGUUCUGUGCCCAGGUAGUGCACAUAACAGAGAUAUGCUUGUCCCACUUCCCUGCCCCAGUGAAGGGAUGGGGGACAAGCCCUCAAAGACUUCCUUGACUCCACUGCCUCUUUCAUUGUUUCCCUUGGUUCACCAGUUUAAAUUUGUGGUAAAUGUUGCUCCCUUCAAAAAAGAAUCCUCUGUUUUAGAGAAGACAUCCAUACUGCUAUUAUAUGAAGCUAUGAAAAAAAGCAAAUUAAGCAUAAUUUACAUAUUUGAAAAGAGUGUAAAUUCUGUUCCCCAUAUUUUUAGAUUUUAGAUCAAACAACUCUACGUGAAACUGACAUAAAUAAAGCCCUUGUUUCAAUUAAGAACAUUAA